AUGACCAGCUCCAUCUCCGCUGUGCUCGGAAAGCCAGGACAGGCCAAUUACUGUGCGGGCAACAGUUACCUUGACUCGCUGGCUUGGUACCGACGUAAGCACGGUUUAGCCACAUCUUCCAUCGCCCUGCCAAUGGUUCACGAUGUCGGCGUCGUGGCGGAGAACGAAGACAUUGAAGUCUCUCUGGGCCGCAAAGGGAUGUACGGAAUUGACGAACGCGAGAUGCUGCAAGCUUUUGAAGCAGGCAUGCUGCAGGAACCUCAUUCAUCCAUUGAAGAUGCGAAAUUUGGUGAAGCACAGAUCGUGCUCGGUCUCCAGCCAGUCGCGCUAACAGCAGCCAUGACCGCAGCACAAACGACAAACGCAUACUGGGCCAACGACGCCCGACUCGUCGAGAUCCGCAGAUCAGUCGACACUCUCACCAGUAGCAGUAAGCAAGACCAAAACGGGGUGGCGGAUUCCUCGAGACUCUGGCGGAUAAGUCACCCGAAGAGGCCGUCGAAGCCGUGA